AACUAGUCCAACAAAGCUAGGGAAAUGGCCGGUUUACAAAAAAUUAGAUUUCUUCUUUUGAAGCCAAAUAUACAGCUCAAAUCAAUAUCCAAUGCAUUAUCGACGUCACAGUCACUAUAUAAACAGCCCAUUGGUUUUGUUGGUCUGGGCAACAUGGGCAACCACAUGGCAAAUAAUCUCAUCAAGAAUGGCUACCCUGUUAUAGCAUAUGAUGUAAAUGCUGAAUCCUUGCGCUCAUUGGAAAAUGCAGGAGGCAAGGUUGGGGACAGUCCAGCUGCAAUAGCUACGCAAGUAGAUCAGAUAGUUACCAUGUUACCAUCCAGCCCACAUGUAUUGGACGUUUACAAUGGACCAAAUGGAAUACUAAGCUCAGUGAAGGCUGGUACUUUACUGCUGGAUAGUAGCACUAUAGACCCAGCCGUUUCCCAGCAGGUGGCAGCACUAGCAGCAAAGAAAGGGGCAGUCUACAUGGAUGCCCCUGUAUCAGGAGGUGUGAAUGCAGCCAGGGAUGCAAUCCUUACCUUCAUGGUUGGUGGGCCAGAAGCAGAGUUUGAUGCAGCUAAGGAUAUAUUGAACAAUAUGGGCAAGAAUGUUGUUUACUGUGGAGGUGUAGGGACAGGGGAGGCUGCUAAGAUAUGUAACAACAUGCUGCUGGGAAUAUCUAUGAUUGGAACCGCAGAAGCCUUUAAUCUUGGUAUCAAGCUUGGUAUAGAACCCAAAAAGCUUGCUGAGAUUAUCAAUAUGAGCUCAGGGCGGUGCUGGUCCAGUGAGCUGUACAACCCUUGCCCUGGGGUAAAGGAGGGGGUACCAUCAAGCAAUAACUAUCAGGGAGGCUUUGGGACAGCCCUGAUGACAAAGGACUUGGGUCUUGCCCAGGAUGCUGCUACUGUGAAUAAGAGUGCCACCCCUCUGGGUUCCCUUGCCCACCAGAUCUACAGGAUCAUGUGUACUAAAGGAUACGCUCUCAAGGACUUUUCCUCAGCAUUCCUAUUUCUCCAAGAGGACAAGGAAAAUAAAUCUUAGGAAAUGAGAACAAGGAUAUGUUCGUAUUUUUUGACACCCUGUAUUAUCUUUGGUUCAUUCCUCUAUUAUAAUGAUUUUGACACAUCCUAUUCCUGUACAUACACUCCAGUCCUAAGUCUGCCAGUGCCGGAUAGGUAUCAAAGAAUAUUUAAUUUUAAAUUGAAGUUUUUCAGUUAUUAUAGGGGGUCAAAAUGUAUGACUUGAUGACUUUUAAUUACCGGUAACAAACAAAUGGUGGUCCAAAGAGGAUUUACAAUUGCAAACUGAUUGCCAAACAUUUCGAGCAGAGAGUACUAGCUGUAUGAGGAAUGUAUCAAUGGACGAUUUUUGUCAAACAAUGCUGGAUCUAACAUGAAAUGCCAAAUUUUGAAAGUUAAUAGUGCAGUAUUUCUAAAAUACAUAUGUAGUUAUCCUAUAAUUUCUGUUGCCUCCAUGUAUUUUUAUUGGAAUCUCACAAUGGCCAUAAUAUUAAGGGUCAAAUGAUUUAAAAACUCUUUACUGAUUUUGAUAUACAUGUACAGUGUAUGUAGACUUACUACUGCAUUAAAUAUAAUCAAUGCAAGAAAUUGAAUAAAUAAAUAUUUGGCAGCUAUUAUCAUCAGCCUAUUACUGUGUUUUAGCAGACAGUACUAGUCUAUAUUAUGUAUUAAAAAUGAGAACACUGAUU